ACAGAGAAGCUGAGCUGGACGAAGCAGACACCUUGAUCUGAGUUAGCUAACUGACACGAUGAAACUCUCAGGUAUCUUUCUGCUCUUCUCUCUGGCUCUUUUCUGCUUUUUCUCAGGUGUCUUCAGUCAAGGACGACAGUUUGACUGUGGUGAGUUCCAGGACCCCAAGAUCUACUGCACUCGGGAAUCUAACCCACACUGUGGCUCUGAUGGCCAGACAUAUGGCAAUAAAUGUGCCUUCUGUAAGGCCGUGGUGAAAAGUGGUGGGAAGAUUAGCCUAAAGCAUCCUGGAAAAUGCUGAGUUAGAGCCAAUGUUGCCUGGUGACUUGCCAGCUCUUGUGGCCUUCUUUUCUCACUUCUGCUUAUACUUUUUCUGGUGGAUCCCUUUAAUUCAUAAAGACAUCCCUACUCUGCCUGGGUCUUGAGGAGUUCAAUGCACGUCUAUUUCUCUUGAUUCACUUGCCAAUAAAGUAAAUUCUGCAAAAGCA